CUGAAUCCCAGUUAACGAUGAAGUGUGCAUAAGGCUUCUUUCUUUCGUUCUGUUGAGUGUGAACGUAUAUACCAAUGCUGGGUCCAGAUAUAAUGCCGAGUGUGAAUGAUGUUCUCUGUAUACUCAUCAUCCCCCUACUGGACUACCUCAUCUACCCCCACAUCGAGAGCUCCAUGAGAGUUAAACUCCGCCCAAUACACAAGCUAGUUGCCGGGAUGCUGUUUGCUGCAUUCAGCUUCCUAAUGUCAGGCCUUCUCCAGCUGUAUAUCCACUUGCCUCCUGGUCGAGAGCACUGCCACGGUGACGUGAGCCUCGCCUGGCAGCUACCCCAAUUAGUGCUCAUCUCUUUUGCCGAGAUCCUAGUGAGUGUGACUGGACUGGAGUUGGCAUACUCACAGGCCCCACCUGACCUAAGGAAUCUGGUGACAGCUCUGUGGUACAUAGCCCAGGCCAUGGGUGUGCUCCUCAACGCGGCGGUGGUCCAGAUCCCAAUCUCACUAGUGUACCAGUUCUUCCUCUACUUCGUCCUCAUGCUGCUUGUCACAGGUCUCUUCAUGGCCAUCAACUGUAGAACUAACUGCCAUAGAGGAGGAGGAGGAGGCCAUCUUCUAGCACUAACCACCACAGACAAGACUGUACACCCAUCAAAAACAAUACUGAAUGUCAAUAAUUGUGACUACCACAUAUAUAGGCAAAUCAUUUUCUUUCAGGUUGAACACAUGUACAUGAUUUUAACUUGUUCGACAUCAUCAGAUAUUGUGCAAAUCGUUGCAUAACUUUGCAUCAAGUACGAACUUGACAUAAAUAACAUUUCCUAAGGUGCAUAAUAUACACAUGUCGACAGCUAUACAAUAUGACAGUGCCAAGACUAAGGAGAGAGUUUGCCUAUGGUUUCCAGUUGACUGAGUUCAGAGUUCAUCUGAGAGACACGCCCUCCAGCAGCUGCUGCAUGCGAGGUGUGGCCGAGAGGUUGCCACGGGCGACAAACGUCGACCGAGUUGCAAACACACUCUUGGCAAAUUGAACGAUGGCAUCUUUAGUAAUGGCAUCGACUUUCUGGUUGGUUGUGGUUAGAGGAGUGUAGUCUCCAUUCUGGGUCAACUGAGGGAGGGAGUAAAGUAAGGUAUCAACUACUGUUUUUUUAAGGAGUAGCAAAUCUCAAGGGAACAUCUUAACAGAUAGCCCUCAAACCGUUAAGCUACAAAAUCUUCCCCUCAAACUGAAGUUCUAGAAUGAUAUUAACGUAGAGAGAAUUUAAAAACCUGAGCUGCGAUGCUGUCAGAGAGAGAGGUGGACUGUUCGACUCCCAUCAGAUACCUGGCCUUCAGCUGGUUCCUGGUAGCAGCAGCAGCAGUAAAUCAGAGAACAGAGAAUGCAAGAGAGAGAAAUCAUUGCGUGGCAGACAUUUUGUACAUGUGAAUGCAGAACAAGUAGAAAUUCAACCGUCAUACACUUGUUAAGCUUCAACAUUCAAACUUUAUGUGUAGUGUGAAAAAGGGUUUGCGUUAAAUUUUACUUGAUGUGUUCACAUGUUACACACAGAGAAGACUGGGGAGUGACUGACUUGGCUCGUGUGAGGUCUGCAUCAGACACGUCGCCUUUUGCCACACUGCUGAACUCCUGCAUCACAGCUUGGAGCAACUGCAGGUACAGCAAUGUAUAACCAAUCACCAACAGCUUUAUAAUGGGUAGGGUUUGGAGUAUAAGCAUGGAGACUGUGU